AUGUAUAGAGGUAGGAAGAAGGCAGGGAAGAGGUUGUACGGUUGUUUGGGUGAGCAGUAUGGCAGGUUGUGGGAUUACUGUGAGACUUUAAGGCGUACUAACCCGGGCAGUUGUGUAAUGCUUAAGUUUGAAAAAACAAACCCUAAUUUGCCUGCUAAGUUUCAUAGACUCUACAUGUCCCUUGCAGCCAUGAAGAAAGGGUUCUUGGAAGGUUGUAGGCCUGUCAUAGGCCUAGACGGGUGCUUUUUGAAAGGACCCUACAAGGGAAUAUUAUUGGCUGCGGUUGGUCGAGAUGCCAACAACAACAUGUACCCGAUUGCAAUUGCCGUUGUAGAAUCUGAGACAAAAGAUAGUUGGACUUGGUUCUUGGAGUGCCUAGUUUCAGAUCUUGGUUCACAUGAGAGGCAUACUUCUCCACCAUUCAUUUCUGAUCGGCAAAAAGGUCUUAUUCCAAGUUUUGAUACUGUUAUUCCAAUGGCAGAUCAUCGAAUAUGUGUACGGCAUUUAUAUGCCAACUUUCAAGAUAAUGGGUUUCGAGGGGUGGCCUUGAAGGAAUUGUUGUGGAAGGCAGCAUUGUCUUACACUGAGGCUCGAGACAAGCCUAUUCUGACAAUGCUUGAGAUGAUUAGGAAGCAGCUCAUGAGAACGUACCAACUGAAAAGAGAUGGCAUCAGCAAAUUGGAAGGUAAGAUGUGCCCUAGAAUUGUUGAAAAGCUUGAGGCCGUUGGUGAAGCGGCAUCGGACUACCUUUCCCAUUAUUCUAGCGAUGGUAUGUUUGAAGUGGUGGAAGGAAGAAGGCAAUAUGUUGUUGAUAUCCGGAAUAGGAAAUGUGGCUACAGGAGGUGGUAG